GCACCACCUGCGUCCUCGUGUCCUUCCCCUUCAUCUUCAACCCCUGCCUGGGUUGCAAGGAGAACACGCCGCAGUGGGCAGCCUUCAUCUACUACCUCCCCUUCAUCAUCAUCUUCCAAUUCGGCUGGGCGGCCACACAGAUCUCCCACCUGUCCCUCAUCCCUGAGUUGGUGACCAGUGACCAUGAGAAGGUGGAGCUCACAGCUUUCAGGUAUGCCUUUACCGUCAUGGCCAAUAUCACUGUGUAUGGCCUGGCCUGGCUCCAAAAAAACCAGCCUGACCGCUCAGAGCACCUAGGCGUCCAGGAUGUCCCUAUAUUUCGGAACCUGUCCCUCAUUGUGGUGGGGCUGGGGGCCGUGUUCUCCCUCAUCUUCCACCUGGGCACCAAAGAGAAGCCAUACCCGCCGGGCUCGUUGCCCCAGCUGGAGGAGAGCACACCCCUGCUGCAGAAGGAGCCUACGAGCCCCCCACGCCCGCUGCUGAUCUGGAAGGACUGGCUGCUGGAGCCUGCCUUCUACCAGGUUGCGGUGCUCUACAUGUCCACCCGGCUCAUCGUCAACCUGUCGCAGACCUACAUCGCCAUGUACCUGACCAACUCGCUGCUGCUGCCCAAGAAAUACAUCGCCACCAUCCCCCUGGUGAUGUACAUCAGUGGCUUCCUCUCCUCCUUCCUCAUGAAGCCUGUGAAUAAGUGGAUAGGUCGAAAUGUGAGUCCUCGGGGCCUG